AUGCCGGAGCCCCUCCCCUUGAUGUCAGAGCCCCUCCCCCUGAUGCCGGACCCCCUCCCCCUGACGCAGAAGCCCGGGGGUCAGCGCCGGGUCAGGAACCAGAACCUUGUGGCGGUUCUGGGAGAGGAGGACGAGUCCGUGAGGCUGCUGGAGGACCUGCUGUUCGGGGGGGAGGAGCAGCUGCUGGACCAUCUCCUGCAGGUGGACAAGCAGCAGACGAGCGUCUCAUUGGACGACGGAGACGAUGAGUCCGCAGACUCGGAGGAGGAAGGGCGAGCGAACAAAAGAGAGGCGGUUUGGAUCGAUGAAGACGAUGAGCUCUUCUUCAGGGUGGACAUGAAGCAUCGAUUCCGCAGAGAUCUGAUCAGAGGAGAAGCUGAGGAGACGCUGAGCAGCAGCAAGCUCCAGCUGAGGAUGAGAGAACAGUUCCAGAAGUCGAUGGGAGGAGCUCCUUCGUGGGCGGAAAACUCUGUGAAGAAGAAGAAGAAGAAGAAGAACGCUGAUGAUGAUGAUGAUGAUGAUGAGGAGGAUGAUGAUGAGGACGAUGAGCUGAUGAGGAGGACGGGGGACUUCCUGGGGUCUUCAGAGCGUCUGCCCGGCAGCAUCCUGAGGAUGAAGAAGUGUCUCCAUGCCAACGCGGCUCGGCCCUCUCCAGACGCUCUGACCUCCGUGCAGUUCCACCCCAACGCUCAGGUCGUCAUGACCGCCGGCCUCGACCAAUCACUGAGCCUGUUCCAGGUGGACGGGAAGUCCAACCCUCAGAUCCAGAGCAUCCGUCUGGAGAAGUUUCCGGUCCACCGGGCGGCGUUCAGUCGGGACGGAGAGAUGGUGAUCGCCACCAGUCUGAGGAACAAGAUGUUCUACCUGUACGACAUGAUGGAGGGGAAAGUGACACCUGUCACCUCCGUCAGAGGUCUGAACGAGGCGAGGGUGAAGGAGUUCUCCGUGUGUCCUGAAGGAGGCGCUCUGCUGCUGAGCGGGACCAGAGGCUACCUGCACCUGCUCACUCUGAAGACCAGGGAGGUGGUGAGCAGCAUGAAGAUCAACGGGGAGGUCGUCGGGGUCGCCUUCUCUCCCGACGGCAGCAAGGUGUUCGCCAACUCAGAGGAGGGUGAGGUGUAUGUGUGGGACCUGCGCAGCUCUCGGUGUGUGAGCAGGUUUUCUGAUGAAGGGUGUGUUACGGGGACCUCCAUCGCCGCCUCCAGAGACGGACGCUACCUGGCCUGCGGGUCUCAGUCGGGCGUGGUAAACGUUUACUCUCAGGAGGCGUGUCUCCGCUCGGAUAAGCCCCGCCCCCUGAAGGCUGUGAUGAACCUGCUGACCCCGGUCACCGCGCUGACCUUUAACCCCUCCUCAGAGAUCCUGGCUAUGGCCUCCCGCAGCGAGGACGAGGCGGUGCGCAUGCUUCACCUCCCCUCCCUCAGUGUUUUCUCGAACUUCCCCGUCUCAAAGAGGAAGAUCGUGUAUCGAGCCUCGAGCCUCGACUUCUCCCCUCACAGCGGCUUCUUCUCAUUGGCCAACAACAAGGGACACGCCCCUCUCUUCAGGCUGCUGCAUUACAAAGACUUCUGAGGCCCGCUGAUCAUCUGGAGGAGGGAGAGCAGAUCUGAUGAACAUCCUGUUUAUUUUGUAUUUCUGUAUGAAUCCAUCUUAUAAAGACAUUCAAACUAUGAA